AUGACGUGCUGGUCCUCUCAGGACAUGCCGGUGCAGACCAUCUCGUGCGCGCCAAGCCUCGGCAGUGCCGUCACGACUGCCUGGGCGGACGCUGCAGCGGGGGGCACCGUGGGAUACCGAAAGGGUUGCCCGCGUGCACAGGAGGACUGGGUGACUGCGGUUCAGCACCCAGCUGCACUUUGGGUUCGGGCCGGACGGCAGGAUGAGGCUGCUGCCGAGCCCGAGUCCGCACGAGUCCGCACGCCGGCGCGGCCGUCAGCAUGGCCGACCAACACGGGACAAGAUCAUUGUUGUCAAGCCGUGACUACUUUGGUCCGCGGGGGUGGGGUGCUGGCGGCUUUAUCCUCCGAGAGUGACGCCGGCUUGUUCGACCACGGAGCCCUCAGCAAGGUCAAGCUCGAGCAGCGGAACGGGGCCGCCGGGCUGCCGGGCUGCCGGGCUGCUUUACCUGCGGGGACGGCCCGGACCUAA